CUCAGUUGUAGCAAUGGCAGCGUUGAGGCAGGAGCAUCGCUAUGGGCUCUCCUGUGGCCAGAUCAACAAAAACAACCCGAAUCAAACUCUUUUUCACGUCAAGCUCACGGACACUGCCAUCCGGACCCUGGAAGCCUACCAGAACCUCAAGGCAUCACUAUCAAAUCAGCCAGCGAUUUGCUUCAAGGGGAGCCAGGGGUACGUUAAGAUCCCGGUGCCGACACCAGAGUCUCCUGACGAAUUCAGAGUCUUCUCAUUCUACCUUUCCAGCGACAGCAAAGACAAACCUCAGUCCAGCUUCGACUGCGUUCACCAGUACGUCUCUGGGGAGGGCAGGGAUCACCUGGAGGGCCAGGGCAGCAUUCAGGAUAAGAUCACAGUCUGUGCCACCGACGACUCCUACCAGGCGACCCGGGAGCGCAUGUCUCAGGUGGAGAAGGACAUUUGGAGCCGCUCGGCAAUUGAGAUAAAGCCGGGACCAAGUAAGUGCGUGAAGGUCCAGAGGAAGCAGGGUCUGGUACCAGGCUCAGAGAGCAACAACAAGCACUCCCCCAGCAAUAAGAGGAACCUGGUUCCCAGACCUUUGGCACACCGGCCCUUGAGGGAUCGCAUCAUUCAUCUCUUGGCCUUAAAGCCCUACAAGAAACCUGAGCUGCUACUGUGGUUGGAGAGGGACCGAUCCAUUCCAAAGGACAAGGCUGACCUGACCUCUCUACUGGAUGAGGUUGGUAAACUAAACCCUAAAGACCAAAGCUACUCCCUCAAGGAUGAGCUCUACAGAAACGUCCAGAGAGAAUGGCCUGGAUAUCUGGAGGAGGAGAAGCAACUCAUCCACAGGCUCCUGCUCAGGAAACUUCAGCCACUCAACAACAGCCAGUUGAAGAGUCCCCAGUCCAACCAUUCACUCUUCAAAGACUCUCCUUCACAUCUCAGUCCUGCCAAGAGUCUCUCCGCGAAACGUCCAUUUCCCUCAGAUUCAUCCAACUGUCACACCCCCAAAAAACAAAGACUAUUAGACCAGUGUUUUCCUCUGUGUUCGCCGUCUCAUGCCGACUACGCCAACAUCGGCGCUCGUAGUUCCUCGACCCACGGAAACUCCAGAGCACAGAUCAAACUGGAGUUCAACAAAACCAGCAAUCAUCUCCAGGGGAGUCCAAACGGUCUGUACUCACCGCACAAACUCGGCGUGUCAUCUACCGUACCCAAACUGGAGAGAGCAGAGCCAGCUCCCACUGCAACCAGCUCCGAGCCCCCACACACUGACGCGUCCAUCUGCACCGAUCAACAACCCACCAACGGCCAACAUAAGAAGAAGAGGUCCAAAAAGCACAAGGACAAAGAACGGGAGCGCCUAAAACCGGACUGGAUUGAGAAAAGCCCGGACCUGAAGCAGAACCGAGAAAAUCUUAAAGACCACGAACAAGAGAAAACACCUGUCAAUCGGACCUCCGCAGAGGAACUUCCCGAAUAUUUAAUAAAAUACAGCGCCAUAAAAGCACUGGAGCAGCGGCAAGAGUACAAAGACGACUUCUGCGCAGAGUAUGAUGAAUACAGAGCUCUCCAUGAUCGGAUCGGGUCCAUCACGGAGAAGUUUGUUCAGUUGGGCUCAAAGAUCAACACUCUCUCUCCGGGAACACAAGAGUACAAGCUUAUGGAGGUCCAAAUACUACAAAAGUACCGCAAGUAUAAGAAAAGGUUUCCUGGUUAUCGGGAAGAGAAGAAGCGUUGCGAGUACCUGCAUCAGAAACUGUCGCAUAUCAAAGGCCUGAUCACAGAUUACGACCAAGCACAGGGACUCUCCUAGUAACCGGCUUCUGCCCCCUGCAGGGGUAACAAGACCGGACCCAAAAGACUCCUAAUGGACCCAAAGACUUCCCAGCUUGGUUCUGCAGUCGCUGAGACACUGUUCACUUUACUUCUCUGAGUGUGAAUGGGAUCGAGGAGCGAGGUUCUCCUUCAUAAGUGGUUUGCGACCACCGACUCGUGAUUAAAAGUUGCCCUUUAACGUUAUGGUUUUCAACUACGAUCAUUGCUGGAUUUUCUUCUGCUGUAAAAGUGAAAGCCAAAUCUAUUUUUAUGAAAGGCACAGCAGAUGUGAUCCUUCCUGCUCGGUUGCAUCUUUAUUUGAUCCUUUAUGUUGUCAGAACUAGCAAGAAAUGUGUUGAUUUAUAUUAAAAAACUGAGUAUUAAAUUGAUGGUACAAUCAAUCUUAGGUGGAAACUAAUGUUACUUCUAUGUAUUUAUAUUUAACAAGCAGAGGAAUCUGUUCAUGUGCUGUUUGCUGACCAAAAGUCAACACCUCCAAUCACUUAAUUGAGCUUAAUUGUCCAUUUGUAACAGUAAGUGAAUGGUAUUUCCCUCCAGACCAAAUGCUUACACAAUGUUAUUGGCCAUGAAAACAAUAUAUAUUAAAAAAGGCACGAAAAGAUCCCAAAAUUAAGUUUAAAGCAAUAUAUACAAAGUCCUGUGGGCUUCGACCAUAAGGAAUUUCAGCAUCUAGCUUUCUGCCAACUUCCUAUGUCAUUUCUAAGGAAUGUUGGAAUGCCACAAAACCACUCCUCCCAGUACCUGAAUGCUGGUUUCAAGAUGGUGAUAUGCAUAUCCAGUGUUAAAUUCACCCACAUGUAGCCUAUCACAAACUGCCUUUUCUUUAUCAACUCCGUCAAAUGUUGUUUACUGGUUGCAGGUCUGUACGUAAUCAUGCAUCAUUCACGCUUAGCGACUACAGGCUCUAUGAAACAUUUGUCCCGAGGAAGGUGCACCGGAAGAACCCCCAAAGCUGUACUUUUAUUUCUCCUUGUAAUUAUCUGUAGCCUUAAGUAGGAAAUAGAGAUCGAAUUGCAGUGUUCUCUGUUCUCUCUCUCUGAUGUUUGCAUCAAUGUAGCUGCACUCACAACAGUUGUCGUAACGAUGGCUUGAAAUUACAUUACAUUACAUUACAUUACAGGUCAUUUAGCAGACGCUUUUAUCCAAAGCGACUUACAUUACACUUUAAACCCAUGGCUUUUUUUCACAUUUUUGCCCGGGGAGCAAUUAGGUGUUAGGUGUCUUGCUCAGGGACACUUUCGUCAUGGAACAUGGGGCUUCCCAGCACACCUUCUCUAACCCCUGCACCACGACGAAAUGAGAGAAUGAAGCUAAUAUUUGCCUUAACGUGUAUGUCAAACAUUUCCAACAUUUCUCAGACCUUGUCUGUAAAUGUCUCUUAAGUUUGAAGGAAUUUCAGUUACUGGAUAGUUGUUACUGGCUAGUUUUUGUUGUUUGGUUGUUUGGUGUUUGUUGAUCGUUUUCUACUUCUGUUAGAUAAUCAUGAACUGGUGAGAAUAUGAUUUAAUGUUUAAUCCUGUCAAGCACCACUAUCAGAAGAAAUCAUUGCACAAUAAUGUGCUGUUCAAAGAAAAUACUCUUCAAAGAAAAUACUCUUCAAAGAAAAUACUCUUCAAAGAUAAUACUGGGAUUAUUGUCAAAUAUUUGGCUGCUUUUUUGCAAGACGUAAAUGUACUUUUUUUAUUUUACAUUCGAUUGGUUACUUCUGGUUUGUUUGAAGGACAACAACAGUUGCUGAGUCUUGGCACAUAUGAACAAUUUAAGGAAAGAAAUAUUUAUUAGCACUGACUAUUUCAAAUAUUAGAACUGUUAGCACAGAUUUUGGCCUUUAAAUAUCAUCAAAGCUAAAAAUGCUGGAUUCUUAAACCUCCACUACGACUAGACACGUUUUGCCUGUGAAUCUUUUCUCAGGACCAGAGGUCGCACUAUUUUACAAAUCUUUUGUUAAUAUGCAGUUUGAUGAGCUCGGCGAAUGUGCCACACCCAGCUGGAGGAAACGGUCUGAUCAGUCGUAAUGAAUAGAAAGAACAGUGUUCGGUAAUAGAACUGGAAAUCCAUGGUUGGAAUUAUUUAAAAAAGAAAGGAGCACACGGCCUGCUCUGAUGAAUAAAGUCAUUCAUUCAAAACGCAAAGAUACUUAAACGGCGUUUUGAUGUUGUUGGGAAGGCAAAAUAUCAGUCUACUCAGUAUGAAGAUAAUGGUUCCAUUCAUGUUAAUAUAAUGCUUCGGGGAACUAGACUCGCCCCUCGAGCUAAUUGUGAUGCCGUUUUUUACUGUUAACGGAGCGAACUACUGAUGGUGCCUUUUUUAUUCAAAGAGCAGCAUGUAACUCUUAUUGGUAUUCUGGAAAGAAAUCAACAUUGGCCAGCAGUAUUUCCACAUCUGUAGUUUCACACUGGUGCCAAUUUUUAAAGUGCUUUGUUCGGGUUUUUUUUUUUAUUUGAUUGAUACAAGAUGCCUUUAGGAUAUACAGUGUAUUCACACUUACAUUUUAGAAGCAUUUCAGAAAUGUGAGGUUUUCUGGGACACAAAUUAAACUGCAUUUAAUGUAAGCUAUUUGGAUACAAGUACAUCUGGAAGAAUGACUAGGAUUUGGUUUGCGACUAGGAUUUAGUUUGCAUUCUUUUCCAGCCCAGCAAACUUAUUUCCACAAAUGUAAUACUGGUCAAUUUUGUUGGAUACUGGAAAAAUGGAGUUAAUGGAAAUGUGAAAUCAAAUAUGUUGCCUAUUAUUAAGCCCUGCAAUUGAUCUACCUAGGAGAACAAAUGUGUAUUUAUUGCUUUGUAUGCGUUUGUUAUGGGAUUCAUCUUUUCAUAGUUCAUUCUCUUCAACAAAACUCAAAGUACGGUUAAAGGGAAAUGGAAUAUAUUUUUACAAUUUUUGAUGGUGGAUGUUUUAUCGAUCAUCUUCUUGAGAAAAUCUUUCAGAAAAACAGGUGUAUGGUCGUCUCGGUCUUAAUGAAAAAUAAAGCUCUUCUGAAUUGAA